AUGAUUCUUUUUCAUUCUUUCUUUCUUUCUUUCUUCCUUUCUUUUUUUCUUUCUCAAUAUUCAUUUUUUCUUCAUUAUUCUCAAUGCCAUUUCUUUCUUUCUUUCUUUCUUUCUUUCUUUCUUGUUCCCAAGUCCAUUUUUGUUUCUUUCUUAUUUGCCAUGUUAUUUAUAUCUUCUUUAUUUCUUUUAUAUCCAUCAAGGUCUUUCUUUCUUUCUUUCUUUCUUUCUUACCAUAGUUCAUUCAGCUUUUCCUUUCUGAUAAACUUUUCAGUUUAUCUCCCUAACUCCUAUUCUUUCUUUCUUUCUUUCUUUCUUUCUUUCUAUUCCCUAAAUUCAUUUUUCUUCAUUAUUUUCAAUGUAAUUUCUUUCUUUCUUCUUUCUUUCCUUCUUCUUUCUUUCUUUCUUUCUUUCUUUCUUUCUUUCUUUCUUUCUUUCUUUUCAAUAUUUUCAGGCUUUGGUACUCUCCCUUUCUUCUUCUCUUCUUUUCCGAUCACCUACUGCUACGCUUACCUCCACCCCGGCAAAAACAAAAGAAUGAACAGAAAAAAAAAACUGACUAAACCUCUAUAUACACCCCCUCCCUCCCUAACUCUCUCUACCCCUCUUUUACUCUCUCUCUCUCUGUCUGUCUCUCUCUCUCUCUCUCGCUCUCUCUGA